CUCCAUGCUUUAACGUGGGCUGUUUAGAUAGAAGGAACAGAUUGGAUUUGGGCUAUUUUCCUUGUUGAUGAAAUUAUAAUACAUCGAUUCAAUUAGCCGUAGUGUGUAGUUAAUUAACAUGGCGUUGUAUAGCAACGCAGCGGGUAUUCUUGAUAAAGUUGAACAGAAACGAGGAGCUGUAAAGACUUUGGUUUACGACAGCAAGUUUGAGAACAUCAAGCAGCUCUUUGCUCUGGUAUGCGAGACACAGAAGUAUUCAACAGUGUUACAGGAGAUCAUUGACACUACCAAGCUGAUCAAAGAAACCAAGCUCCGAAUCAAUCUCGCAAAGGUUCUUGUGUAUGAUCUGCUCUUUGGACAAGGCCUGAAAUGUGGGGGACAUUGGAAGACACUGAUGAUGAAGCAUCGAUCACGUCUCCAAGCUGCUCUGGCUAGGAUGAAGGUGAAAAAGAAGGUCAGCUGCAAUGAGGACCUCCUUCCUGCCAAUGUGAAGAAGGGAGAUGGAGAUCAACUUCCACGGUAUGUGCGAGUGAACACCCUGAAGACCACAGUGGAUGAUGUCAUUGACUAUAUGAAAAGAGAGGGCUUCUCCUAUCAGGGGCAUGCAAACGGGAUUCAGGAUUUGUGCAGGCUCUCUGACAAAGCAUUCAUCAGUGACCUUCACCUACCAAACCUACUGGUUUUCUCUGCAAAAACAGACUUCCAUGACCACUUUCUGUAUAAAGCUGGGCAUGUUAUUCUUCAAGACAAGGCUAGCUGUCUGCCAGCAUUUCUUCUCAACCCCCCUGCUGGGAGCCAUGUUAUUGAUGCCUGUGCUGCACCAGGGAACAAGACCAGCCACCUCGCUGCUCUCAUGAGCAACAAGGGGAAGCUAUUUGCCUUUGACCAUGAUGCCAAGCGCUUGUCCACCAUGAGCACCCUACUACUCAGAGCUGGAGUCACAUGUCAACAGUUGGCCAAUCAAGACUUUCUAAAGGUGGACCCACAGAGUGCAGAAUACAAAGAUGUGAAGUACAUUCUGUUGGAUCCUUCAUGCAGUGGAUCAGGAAUGGUAUGUCUGCGUGAUGGAGGCUCUGAGCUGCCAGAAGAGCAGGCUCAGGCAGAGGCGAAGGAAGCCAGUCGCCUACAGGCUCUGUCUGCGUUCCAGCAGCGUUGUCUGACCCACGCCCUUCAGUUCCCACGGGUGCAGCGUGUGGUCUACUCCACCUGCUCCAUACACACAGAGGAGAACGAACAGGUGGUCGCUGCCUGCCUUCAACAAAACCCUGCUUUCAGGCUGGUGAAGCUUUUCCCACAAUGGCCUGAGCGAGGACUGUCUCCGCACACACAGUGCCUGCGUGCCAGUAACACCAAGACUCUCACUCAUGGCUUCUUUGUUGCCAUGUUUGAACGACAAGCUCCUGGAAGUCAAGCCAUGAACCAGCAAAUUCUCCCUUCCCCAACGGUGGUUCCACCUGUUGGUGGUUCUCUCGAGGCAGAGGAGGAUGUUGAGGAGCUUUGUUCUCCAGAGGAAGAGCAGCAGAACUCUUCAGCGAAGAAGCGCAAGAGGAACCGGAAUAGGAACAGGAAGAAGCAGAAGACAACACAGUGACUGUUUUGAACUGCAGGACUGGCUGUGCAGUGAUCAUUUAUGGGCAUAUUUUAGGACUUAUGUACUUUCAAUGUUUAGAAGUGAUGAAAUGCGUCUGUAUGUUCCUGUUUAUAUGACACCAUAAAUAUGUUCUCUCUA